AUGCAGCACAAAGAUUCAUACGGGAACAUGAUCGUUGAUCCCGAUCUCUCCAACCCCACUCGCGCCCGGUUCGAACGUCCGCUGGAUACUAUUCGAUCGUUUGAAGCCGCGAUUUCGGGUACCUAUAACAGCAGACCAACCUCGUGGGCAAGGACCGAAUCGCCUGGUGCGGGAGACAGUGGCAAACGAGGCAGCUACUACGGGGAAUCGAGCCGUGUGAAUCUGCACUAUUCAAACAGAGGAUACAGCGACCAAGGAGGCUACUAUAACGGACGACCGGCAUACUCCCGCCCAGAUAGCUAUGUCGACGCGCACGGCGGCCAGUCCCAAGAUAACGGUUACUACCCAUACAAUCAGGGCGGCAAUCGGCGACCGCGCCCCAAUCCACGAAUGUAUUCCGAACAGGCGCCGUACAACAAUGGCUUGAACGGCCAGGCGCAAAACGCGUACCGCCAGUCUUACGACAACAUCACUGCGGCGUCGGGUUCAGGCUCUGGAAGCAACUUCGAUGCCUGGGGAAAUUCGACCGACCCCAGCUCUGUGAACAGCUCGUACGAUCAAUUAUCGCAACAACUUCAACAAGGCUAUAAUUCUCAGGGCUAUAAUUCGCAACCCAACCUCAACAGCAGUGUUCCUACAAAAACCCCGGUACAUAGUUUCGGCCAAGCACCAGCCCCCGAUCCCAACGUGGGCGGUCCUGUCGGCGGCGCCGCUGCCGCUGCACCCACGCGCGGUCAGCUGCGCAAGUCAACGAACGUGUCCGAUACAGGCGAGAAGAGGAAGAGCUGGUUUAAACGAAGAUUCAGCAAAGAUUAG